AUGUCUUCCCUAACAGCCCUCGCGCUCGUCAGCGUCCUACAGUUCUCAGCCCUCUUGGGCGGCGUGGACGCCUCCCGCCCGCGCCAGACCUCCCCUUCCGACGACUGCUUGGGCUUCUCCCCUAGCGGCCCGGACGGCGUGGUUCUAGCAGAGCGGACGUAUUAUCCCGCGAAUACGACCGUGAAGAUCACGAACGAAUACCUCGGCUUCUCGUCCUCCACCCUGCCCGCGUUCUGCCGUCUUCAGCUGUUGAUCACCACGAACGCCACGGCGGGAUCGUUUGCUCACACCGAGAUAUGGCUUCCGGACGCGGACGCGUGGAAUGAGCGCCUGCUCACCAUCGGCGGGGGCGGGCUUUCCGGAGGAGAGGACGUCCUCGCGCUCGGUACCCGUGCAAUCCCGCAAGGAUUCGCCGGUGUAUCCACCAACGGGGGCCACAACUCCUCGGCCUUUGACGGCUCAUGGGCGGGGCCUCACAAUGACAAUGCCGUUGUCGACUACGCAUGGAGAUCUAUUCAUCUCAGUGUCCUUACGGCCAAGGAUCUCGUGCAGCAGUACUACAAACAGGCCCCAGUGCGGUCAUACUUCCAGGGUUGCUCCAACGAAACCCAACUCUUCCCCGACAGCUUCGACGGCAUGGUCGUCGGCUCGCCCGCCAACUGGUUCUCCCGGCUGGUGUCCUGGGGAGCGCACCUCUCCCAGCUCGUCGAGCCCGCGACGUCCUCUCGCUUCAUCCCUGAGGCAACGUGGAAGAAUGUGAUCGCGCCGGAGGUCAUGAAGCAGUGCGACGCGCUCGACGGCGUCACCGACAAUGUCAUCAACGAUCCCACAGUAUGCAACUUCAACCCUGAGACGCUUGCCUGCACCUCGGAUCAAGACACCACGACGUGUCUCAACGCGGACCAGCUCGCCGUUCUACCCCAAAUAUACGCGGACUACUACGAGAACGGCGAGUUCGUGUCCACUGGGUUCAACCUCGGUGGGGAGGACGCGUACUUCACGAACUUCCUCGCGGAGACGCCCAGCCCGCUCGUAACGGAAUGGCUGGAGUAUAUGGUGCUCAACGAUACGACCUGGACGCUCGACCAGUACAACUCGAGUGUGUACAAGAUCGCGGACGCGGUCGACCCCGGAACCACAAACGCGAUGGACCCGAACAUGAGCACGUAUGCUGCGGCGCCGUACAACGGCAAGGUGCUGCACUACGUCGGCCUCACGGACGAGAUCAUCAGCCCGCGCAACAGCAUGUACUACUACAACACCGUGCGCGAACAGGCAUCCAGCGUAGGCCUGAACGUUGACGACUACUACCGCCUCUUCCCGGUGCCUGGCUUGAACCACUGUUUCGGCGGACACGGCGCGAACUCGUUCGGCGGCGCCACCCAGCAGACCGUCGCGUUCGACGCGGAGCACGAUGUCCUCGCCGCGCUCAUGCGCUGGGUCGAAGACGGCGUCGCGCCCGAGCGGAUCGUCGCCACGAAGUUCAACAACGACACGUUGACUGAUGGCGUCGCCUUCACCCGCCCGCUGUGCAAGUACCCGGCGACGGCGAAGUACAUCGGGGGCGCCGAGGAUGAUGCUGCGAGCUUCGAGUGCGCGUGA